AUGAUGCUCCUCCCACUUUGCCCUAUUUCUUUCUUUGCAACAUUGCGCGACUGCCAGAGCCUGUUCUGUUGUUCUAUUUUUGCACGGUGUGUCGAAAAGUAGUCAAACAUGGCUUACACUCUUUCAACUGGUACAAAAAAGAAGGUCUGCUACUAUUAUGACGGUGAUAUUGGGAACUAUUAUUAUGGCCAAGGGCACCCUAUGAAACCUCACAGGAUCCGCAUGACCCACAACCUGCUUUUGAACUAUGGACUAUACAGAAAAAUGGAGAUUUAUAGGCCACAUAAAGCCACUGCAGAAGAAAUGACAAAGUACCACAGUGACGACUACAUCAAGUUCCUGCGGUCCAUUCGUCCAGACAACAUGUCCGAGUUCAGCAAGCAGAUGCAACGCUUCAAUGUGGGGGAGGACUGCCCAGUGUUUGAUGGGUUGUUUGAGUUCUGCCAGCUCUCCACCGGGGGCUCAGCAGGUGAGUCACUGUGGGAUUUUGAAUUCAUUGUUUCUUGUUUUGAUAAAGAAUGAACAUGAAUGACGAUCUCACACGACAACAGCACAGCGUAGUAGACAACUUCUCUAAAUCGUACUGUUGAAUUGCGUCAAAAGCCUGCAACUUGAUAAAAGAGCCUUCCAUCUGUGCUGUGUUCCAUUGGACUCUGCAACAGUACCCUGACCUUCCUUUUAUGAGCUUUGGGAUUGGUCUGUCAUAUUUCAGAUACAGGAAAGGAGCCAAUUUAUUACGCGUUCUCCCAUGGUUGUCUCCAAACAUAAUUCAAAUGUCUCAUAAACAUUUCACCUCCGCUGAGGCAGUUACUUAACGGACACAUGUCCGUCCGAAUAGUGCGUUUGUGCUUUCUCUCUGUGUUUGAAGGGAUGAUCAAUAGCUACUCAUUAAUAAACCACUGUAGCCUAAUUCACUGUACCAUAAGGGAUAAUAUUAUUUAGUCCCUGUUAAUUAAAUAAGCAGCUAGGUAAUUGGGCAUGCC